AUGUUCAACUCAGCUUUCAGGAGACUCCCAACGCCCCAGGGUGCGAGGAACCCCAGCCCCUCACGGAACCCCAAACCCACCGCGCUCCCGGCCCCGCCGGGCUUCCCACUACCUCCACGCGGCGUCCGCCACGCCGCCGGCCCCCCCUGCGCCCCGCCCCCGGCUCAUCCGUUCCCCCGGCGGAAGCGGCCCCAGCCGGACCCAUUAGAGCGGAGCACCGCCUGUUGCCUGGAGACGGACGCCGCCGCGCGCGCCGCGAGUUCGGUGGGAGAAGCCGGGAACCGGCACCGGGGCCGUGCGGAGACCCCCGGGAUCGGCAUCGACACUGGCACCGGCACCGCUGAGAGACCCCCGGGAUCGGCAUCGACACUGGCACCGGCACCGCUGAGAGAGCCCCGGAACCGGCACCGGGGCCGUGCGGAGACCCUCGGGAUCGGCAUGGACACUGGAACCGGCACCGCUGAGAGAGCCCCGGAACCGGCACCGGGGCCUCCGAGACCCCCUCCCGACACCAGGAGCAGGACUGGGACCCCCGAGAGAGCCCCGGCCCCGGAGCGGCCCCCCCGCGCCAUGGCGAGCGCCGGCGUUCGCAGAGCGGGGUCCCGGCGGGGGCCGAUGAGCUUGGCCGAGGCGGGCCCGGGCACGGAGAACGAGCGGCUGGGGGUGGUCCGGCUGAGCAUGCUGCGCAACCCCCUCAUCAUCAAGCCAGAACUGGGGAAGCCCAUGAGAAACUGCUACUCCCUGCCAGGCCCUGAUUUUACCUAUGGGAUGUACAUGCACAGGAGAGAUGGAGGAGUCCCUGAAGCCAUAGGCCACUGGGAUUCAGUGAAGGCCAAGCCUCAUAAAAGGGUCAUGCCCCGAGACUUCGUGGCCAUGGGCCGUGGGGCUGUGGAUGAAGGCUGCACCAGAGCCCGGGAAUUUGCUCUGUACUACAAGUUCAAGGACACCCGCCAAAAGGAUAAGGGGAUACUCAGAUACGGCGGCAAGGUACCUCCAGGCAUGACUUUCGGCAGGCCAUCACGGCCUUCCACUCCCUUGUUUGACAUCAUGCAACACAGAUACAAGGAGCUGUGGAUGGAGCAGCAGAGAGCCCGGACUGUAGUCCAGCAGGUGGUGAAGAAAAAGCUGCAGACCGGCGAGGUGCGUGAGAACCGCACCACGUUCCUGCGCAUGCACCCGCUGCCAGUGAAGAAGGAAUCCUUCUGGCACCUACAACGCUUUGAGAAGGCUGAGCCUCAUCUCAGGACUUUUCCAGACCCUGAGUCCCGUAGAAAAGCUCUCAGUGCCUCCCACUGAGGAGUGCCUGCCAGUGGUCCCCUUCCCCAGAGGGCCCCCACAGCAAGGACAGUGCUGGGCACAGCCCU